UGGUCAGCACAGCAAAAUAACAUCUUUCAAGAUAAAAAUUUACUCUCGAAGAAAAUUUUAUUAUUUAACUGUUUAUCACAUACACGUUUAAAAAAUGCUAACUUUGUGGAAUUUGUUUGAGGCAUCCCUGCUUUGCCUUAACGCUGUUUGUGUACUUCACGAAGAAAGAUUUAUGCAAAAAAUGGGAUGGGGUGCCAAUACUGCAAAUCAAGGCUUCGAGGAUCAGUCGUCUAUGAAGUUUCAAUUACUGAAUUUAGUUAGGUCAAUACGAACAGUAACCCGCAGUAAGUAUGAGGCAAACAAUAGUGUUCUUGUGAUUCAUUUGUCAAAUUUUUUAAUUAAGUUUGGAACUAAUUAUAUAUAUUCUUUGUUUCAGUUCCUUUGAUACUACUAAACAUUUUGACUAUAUUAUUUAAGUUGUUACUAGGAUAGUCGAUAUUGACUCAUAUCUUAAUUUUUGUAAAAAGAAUAAAAACUAAUCAUUUAAAAAUGAAUACUUUUAAGGAUGGAAGAGAAUUUAUUAUUUUUAUAUGAUGUAUUAUUGACAGACAGCUAGCAUUAAAGAAGUAUAAAAUCAAACACAAUAUGUACAGUAAGUUCCAAUUAAUAUGAUACAUAGUGAAUUUUCAUUUGCACAGAGAGAUCUCCCAACUCUGAUGAUGACUACACAAACAGCUAAAAUUUAUUCCGAAUUUUGUUUAAAUAAGGUGAAAAAAAAUAUAAAUGCGU